AACACUGAUCCGGAAAUGUAUAAACAAUGCUUUGAAACUGUUCUGAAUUUUUUUCAGUUUAGUGAAAAAUUGAAAGACUACGAUUACAGAUCAACUGUGAUCAUUAAUGCAAGGAAGGGGAGUAUAAUCACAGAUGUCACCAACACGUUCGGCAGUGAAAGCAAAGUGAACGAGUCUGUCAUUGAGAAUGCUGUAUCCAAGAAUUACAAAUACCAAACUGUGCCUGGAUGUAAUCUUGAUAAGUGCGACAAAAUUUCAUCCUUCUGUGUCCAACCGAGCUUCGGUUUGCCUGAGUGUUCCUGCAAACAAGGAUUCUACAAGAACACUCAAUACGACAUGAAAUGCCUAGAAACGUGUAAAUCGAAAUGUAAAGGGGAGAAUCAACUUUGUGUGCCCGAAGCUGGGAGUAAUGGCUUUGUUUGUGAAUGUCAGCCCGGAUAUCAAAACAACAAUGGAAAAUGUGACAGUUGUCCAUAUGGCUACGCUGGAAGAAACUGUGAGGAUGGAUACCUACUUGCUAUUAUAGUGACUGGAGUUGUAGCCGCAGUUGUGAUUCUGGCUCUGGGGAUUUCACUUGCGUGUACAUAUGUCAGAAUGACACGGGCUGAAUCUGACGAGCAAGAACAACACCUGAUAAACUCUGACUCAGAGAAAGUUAAUGGCGUCUCCGGACAGCCACACAGGAUACCGAGAGUCAACCUGGCUCUCAAUCACGUUUACCAAAACGCCAAUAGCCAAUCAGCACCUUGGUCACGAACCCAACCCGAUGAGGGUGACUUUGCCCAGAGGUCAUGGGAUCGAUUCCAAAAUCAGGACCAGAAGUAUGAUUACGGCAAGUCCGAACACAUGUGAUCAGCUUAACUAUCGGGGCAAGUAUUGGAGUCUGAAGAAGGAUCUCAACCCGAAACGUCACCCACUCCUUCUCUCCAGAGAUGCUGCCUGUCCCAUUGAGUUACUCCAGCAUUUUGUAUCUACCUUUGCUUUAAACCAGCAUCUGCAGUUCCUCCCUCCACUGGAGAUUGUAACUGGUCAGGUAGCAUCUGCAAAUAAAAAUGUUGCUUGUGCUUAAUGUUCUUUUAUUCCAGUGCUUUGUGAAAUAUUUCAUCAUCAUUAU